AUGAGUGAACAAGCAACAGAAAGCAGUUCCACUCCACAGGGGCCCAGGGAUAGAAAUUCUCCGGAGAAAACCUGCCAAAUCGGACAGAAGCAGCUGCAGCAGAUAGAGCGACAGCUCAGAUGCCUGGCAUUUCAGAACCCGGGACCCCAGGUGGCCGAUUUCAACCCCGAGACUCGGGAGCAGAGGAAGAGGGCUCGGAUGUCCAAGAUGAACGAGUAUUUUUCUGCAAAGAGUAAGGUGAUGAAGAAGUACAGCAGGAGCGGCAAACUCCUCUGCAAUGACGCCGACCUGUGCGACUGCCUGGAGAAGAACUGCCUGGGCUGCUUCUACCCCUGCCCCAAGUGCAACUCCAACAAGUGCGGCCCCAAGUGCCGCUGCAACCGCCGCUGGGUCUACGAGGCCAUCGUCACCGAGUCCGGGGACAUCAUCAGCGCCCUGCCCUUCAGCGUGCCGGACUAG